AUGGAUAUUGUUAAUGAAAGAUAUAAUAAAAAAAUUGAACAAAAUGAAAAUGAUAAAAAUAAUGAACAAUUAAAUGAAAUUAUAAAAUUAGUAAGUGACAUUUGUAAAGCUAAUAAUAUUGAACAAUUGGAAUCAUUUGUUCAAAACAAUGACAAAGAAGGAUUCUUUAAAAAAUUAUUCACAAUGAUCACUUUACCAGAUGGAGAUUUACACGAAACCUACAAUGAUAUAUCAUGGGAAUUGGUUCAUUCAUUAGUUCAAUCACUUAAUCAAAGUUCAGCAGAUUGGGAUAUCAAAAACCACACUUUAAUAAAUUCAACUUGUAAAAAUAUUUUAAAUAUUAUUGAUUGGAUAUCAAAUAAUUGUAGUGCAAGAGAAUUUUUAUUAAUUGCACAAGAAUUUGAUGGAUCAUCAUUUAUUAGUUUAACAUUGUUCACUAAAAUAUCAAUGAUUGUAUUCACAAAGAAUGCAUUAAAAAGAAUACCAACUGAAAAAAGAUUUAAUUUUUUAAAAUCUAUUUUACCCCCACUUUUAAAAAUUUUAGAAGUUGAAAAUAUUGAAAUAAAAAAAGAUGAUGAUGAAGAUAAUGAAAAUAUUAAUAAUUUCACCAAUGAUGAAAGUGAUGAUGAUGAUGAUGAUGGUAGUGAUGAUGAUGAUGAUAGUGAUGAUGAUGUUGAUGAUGAAAAUAAAAGAAAGAAACAACCAAUUAAAAUUAUUGGACCAGAUGUUGAACAAGAAUUACAACAAAAGAAUACUGAGAAUGAUACGAAAUGGGAAUACCCAUUAUCAUGUAUAUUGGAUUUCAUUUAUAGUUUUGCAUUAGAUUUGAAAGCACAAGAUACAAAUGAUGAUCCAAAUUCUGGUAUUUCAACACCUAGAGCAAUCAAUAGAACAGCUGGUUCGGACCAAAUCACUUUUUAUGAUAAACCAAAUACACCAAUCGCUCAACAACAACAUUUAUUCCUUUUCUAUUUAGUAAAGAUCCUUUCGAUGGAAUCAAUUUUAAAUCCACCACAAUCAUUACUUUGUAAUGGUACAAUGCCAUUGUUGGGUGUCAUUGGUGAAUGUUUAUCAUUAAUUGGUGCAUCAACAUCCUAUAUCUUGGGUACCGAUUCAAGAUUUCGUCUAAAAAAGAGAGAGAUUGAAUUAGAAGAUAUGUACUAUGAUGAAGGUUUAGAUGAAGAUGAUUUUCAAAAUGAUCAAGAUUUAAAUUUAAAUGAUCCAAAUAAAGUUAGAAAUAAAUUAAAAUCAAAAAAAUUAAAUUCAAAUUCAAAUCAAUCAUCUGCAAAUACAAGUAAAGAUAUUGGUGAUGAUGAUGAUGAUAAUAAUAGUGAAUCAGAUUAUUCAUCAUCAUCAUCAUAUGAAUCAGAGGGAGAGGAAGAAGAGGAAGAAAAAGAUGAUGGAUUUGGUGAAGAUGAAUAUUCAUCAAUUGAUAAAUUAUUUGAUUUAGAUUUACCAUAUAGUGGUAUUGGUCAUUAUUUAUUUUUAUUAAUAUUGAAACCAACUGAUCAAUUUAGAUUACCAUCAUUACAAUCUAUUCAUUCGAUUCUAAUGGAUAAUUUACCAUAUUUAAUUAGUUUACUUCAAUGUAAAUCAUAUAGAAUUGGAUUUAAAGCUAUUCAAAUUUUAUCAUUUCUUCAAAAGAGAUUAAAAGUUGGCUCAAUCGAUAUAAAUCAAGAAUUUUGUAAGAAUCCAAUCAUUGAAGAUAGCAUUCAAGAGAUAAUGUUAAAAGCAACUGAACAACAUGGUGGUAAUUUAAAGAAUGCAAUUGAACAAUCGAAAUUGGAAAAAGAGAAAAGACACAAAUGGAUACACGAUCAAUCGACAACUUGUAUAGAACGAAAUUACCAUUUCCUUCAAUUGAUUGAGUCGAUCAUUGGUUUCAUGGUUAGAUGUCCAGUUCAACAGAUGAGAUCUUUCACCUAUAGGGUAUUGAUGUUAUUGAUUGGCCAAGUGUUAACACCAUCUACAAAAUUCAAUAUUUUGUAUAACUUGAUUGGCACCUGUAUAUUCCCUUCGUUCACUGGGCUGCUAAUUCACAUCUUUAAGGAGGAGAUUAACAAAGCUUGGUCCUCUACGAUCGUCGAUGAAAGAUGUUACUUUGUAUCCCCGAAAAUUCUAGAUGUUGUAACAAUUCCAAUUCAAACCGGUGGUAAUCUAAUGGAAAGAAUGGAUUCAAUAAUGAAUGGUCUAAACAUGUAUAGAUUCUUGUUAAUCAGAGACAAAGGUACCAAUCAUACUGGAAUUUGGAGUAAAUCAAAAAUUCAAGGUUCAAGAGAAACUUGUUUCUAUCCAUUAAGAAAAGAUCUAUUAGAUGUUCAAUCACAAUUUAGAGCUUCCUCUCAAGGUGAUGAAAAAGCAAUGGAAAAAGUUUUAAGUGGUGUCUCAAAAAUGGGUGUAAAUGACCUUUCAAAAGAUGAUAUUAAAAAUGCUUCAACAUUGGUUUGUUAUCAUAUUGAUAUGGCUUUAGAUGUUAUAACUAGAAUUUUAGAAUUACAAGAUACUUUAAUUAAAGAUUAA